GAAGAGGUUGGGAGAAAGGAUAGAUGGAAGGAAAGGCUUGCUUAGUCUAAUAUUUAGACCCAAGUGUCCCUCAUAUCAGUAAACAUGUGGUUGGAAUAUAUUUAUCAGUGGAAGCUGUAGCUCUUCACUUUGGAGCUAUAAAAUAAAGCAGUUGUCAGCUGGGGGGACACUUAUUUUAAAAUGUUUUCAGUUUUAAGAUACUAGAUACUAGGUCUGGUUUCAUCUGCACUGUUCACAUCUCAGUACUCACGUCAUGGGUAUAGCAUUGAUCUUACACCCUUGCCACAGACUGCUGGUGGAAGUUGCUGAGAAGACCAAUGAAGACCUCACAUGCACAGCUCAUUGCCUGAUAUCUAAAGUGGGGAAAAAGACCGCCUGAACUCCACCAUCAGAGGAAUAAACAGAAAAGAAGAGAAAACUCAGAGACAUGUUGCAGUGUCGAGUGAAUUUCCUGGACGACACCCACUUUGUGUGGGAGCUGGAGAGAAAUGCAGUGGGACAGGAUCUCUUCAGUAAAGUUUGUGAACACCUUGACCUGCUGGAGAGGGAAUAUUAUGGUCUGGUCAUGUGGGAUUCUCCUAGUACCAGGGUAUGGCUGGACUGUGCUAAAGAGAUCCGGAAACAGAUAAGAAGUCCAGUAGCUGAAUUCUUUUUCAGUGUCAAGUUUUACCCACCUGAUCCCUCAAUUCUGGCUGAGGACAUCACUAGAUAUCUCCUGUGUCUUCAGCUGAGGAAAGAUAUUCUGAUUGACCGACUGCCCUGUCCAUCAGACAUCUUGGCUCUGUUGGGUUCAUACACAGUUCAGUCAACACUUGGUGAUUACGACCCAAAUCUCCACAAGAACAACUAUGUCAGUAAAAUUGUUCUUGCACCCAAUCAGAGUGAAGAGCUGGAGGAGAGAGUGAUGGAACUGCAUUCCACAUACAGAUUUAUGAGUCCUGCCCAGGCAGAUAUGCUUUUCCUUGAGAACGCCAUGGGGCUCCCCAUGUAUGGAGUGGACCUGCAUCCUGCCAAAGAUGUCAGUGGUGCAGAUGUGAUGCUCGGUGUGUGCUCUGAGGGACUGAUAGUUUAUGAAGAUGAGAUAAAAACAAAUGUUUUCCACUGGCCCAGAGUUAAUAAAAUCUCCCACAAACGCAGCACCUUUCUUCUCAAGAUGCGUCCUUUUGAGGAUGAGCCUGAUGGUGUCAUCAGCUUUAGUUUGGCCAACUACCGAGCCUGCAAACAACUGUGGAAAUGCUCUGUGGAGCAUCAUAGUUUCUUCAGGAACAGACUUCAAGACACAAAGGCACAACGGCUCCUGACCUUGGGUUCAAGGUUCCGCUACCAUGGACGCACUCAGUCUGAGUGUCUGGAGGCCAGUGGCAACAUCACGCGAGCUCCUCCACGAUUUACACGUUAUAUCAUCAAGAGAAAAGAAAAUGAUGAAAUUCUUGAUAUUCUAAAGCAACCAGUUCGAUCUGAGUUUGACGACUGGUUCCUGGUCUAUGGUCCAGACAAAUGGCGCAUUUCUACAUUAGAUGAUGUGAUGCUGGAAAGCCAAAAGCUGCAGGAGUGGAAGCGUCAUGCAGAUGAUUGGUGUGUCCUCUUUGACGGCAGCCCAUUUUCAGUAUCAGGCAUCCAGCAGCCUUUUCAAACUAAAGAACAGAGAGAGGACGUGGAUGUCGUUGAGGGGUCAGAUGAGAGGCUCACAGAUGAGCUUGUGAUAAAACAAUCAUAUAAACUUCAGGUGGUCCAGGAGGGGUCUGAUGUUAUUGAGAAAGAGCAUCCUGAUUUUGAAUUGAAACCUCUAAAGGAGACACUAAGAGAGGAAGUACUAGAAGUCAAUGGAGAAAGAAUACAGAGGGUAGUAAUCACUAAACAAUGGACACAGGAGGUCAACUCUUUGGUGGAAUCACAAGUAGAUGUAGAGAAAAAGGUAGAGAGCAUGGAGAUGGUAGAAAGACGUGUAAUGGUCACUGAAGAGAAGAAAUUGGUUUCUGGGGACACUUUUGAGAGACUGGAAAUCAUGGAACAGAGACUAGAGGAGGUGGAGGCUAUCGAACGAAAGCUAGUUGAGGUGGAAGAACUGAGGGUUGGAUUACAGGAAGUGGAAAGUUUGGAACAAAGGUUGCAGCAAGUUGAAAAGGAGGAGCUUCAACAGGCGGAGACAGAUGAUUGGUACAUUUUACUAGAUCGCAGGCCAUUGAUGCUCACUCCUAGUCCAACAGGAAGAGUUCAGGAAGAGUUGCAACAAAGUGUAUAUAUCCCUAAACCAUUGAAGAAAGAUGAUGAUUGGUACAUACUAUUCGAUGUGCUCCCACAAACGAUGGAGAUAUCGCGUCCCCUUCCAGAUGUGAGCAGCUCCAUUCUUGAAGAAUAUCAGGCUGAAGAAGAGAAGAGAGAGGUAGAAAGGAAAAUACAGCAAGAGCUGGUGCCACCGGAGAAGCCAAAAACACAGACUAGAGAGGAGGUGAUUCAGAGCAGAGUGAAAACAGAGGAGGUACAGAAUGAAUAUAAGGAGCAGGUGACAGUGGAUUAUGGGAGACCACAGACAGUUGUUCUUGAGCAGAGAGCAGCAGAGCCUCAAACAGAUGAAGAGAACGACUGGUUUGUCGUUUUGGAUGGUUUUCCUAAAAGAUCAGUGCCUUCUGUUGAGCUGUAUGAAGAGACCAGAGAGGAUGUAAUCCGGAGCAUAGUGAGAACAGAGCAGAUAAAACAACAGGAACAGGUGACAGUGGAUUAUGGGAGACCACAGACACUUAUUCUGGAGCAGAGGACAGAACAACCUCAAAGAGACGUGAAGGAUGAUUGGUUCAUCAUUUUUGAUAUUUCUCCAAAAGGAUCAGUGCCCUUGACUCCACAUCUGCAAAGCCCAACUGUAGACCUGUAUGAGGAGAUCAGAGAGGUGAUUCAGAGCAGAGUGAGAACUGAGGAGGUGCAGAUAAAACAACCGGAGCAGGUGACACUGAUAGAUGGCAAACCACAGCAAGUUAUUCUUGAGCAAAGAGCAGCACAACCUCAAAGAGACGUGAAGGACGACUGGUUCAUCUUGUUUGAUGUUUCUCCUGACGAAUCAGAGACCUUGGUGUAUCCACAGCUGCAAGGCACAUCUGUUGAGCUUUAUGAGGAGACCAAAGUGGAGGUGAUUGAGAGCAGAGUGAGGACAGAGGAGAAAGUGACCGAGGUGAUGACCGUAAGCACUAAAGAACAAAUAAUAGUACCAGAGAAGAAGAGGACAAGCAUCAUACAAAUACCACAGUUUCCAGUGGUGCCCAGGGAAAUUGAUGACGACUGGUUUCAGCUUUUUGACAAAGUGCCUUAUGAGCAGAAGAGUUUUCCAUCAGAGACUCGCAUUGUGUCUGUGGCUCCUUUGGAGGCUGAAGAAAAGAGAACUGUGGAGAGGAGAAAAGAGGAGGUGCAGAUAAAACAAGAGGAGCAGGUGACAGUGAAUUAUAGAAGGCCAGAGCCACUUACUCUGGAACAGAAGGCAGCAGAGCCUGAAAGAGACAUAGAGGACGACUGGUUCAUCAUUUUUGAUGUUUCUCCUAAAGAAUCAGUGCCCUCAUCUCCACGGCUGCGAGGCACAUCUGUUGGGCUUUAUGAGGAGACCAGAGAGGAAGUGAUUCAGAGCAGAGUGAGGACAGAGGAGAAAGUGACUGAGGUGAUGACCGUGAGCACUAAAGAACAAAUAAUAGUACCAGAGAAGAAGAAAACAAGCAUCAUACAAACCCCACAGUUUCCAGUGGUGCCCAGAGAAGUUGAUGACGACUGGUUUCCGUUUUUUGACAAAGUGCCUUAUGAGCAGAAGAGUUUUCCAUCAGAUGUCAGUGGCAUAGAUUUUGAGGUCCGUGAACCCACCAAAGACCCGAGAGUUCAGACGGUGGUGGAGCAGCAGAUGAGAGAGAGAAGACUGAUCACGGAAGAAAAGAGAGUGGUCAUUGAUGAGCGCAGAAAGAGAGCUGACAUUGUUCCGCAGAGGAAUCCCACUGGGGUUCAGGAAGUUGAUGAUGACUGGUUUGAGCUUCUGGACACAACACCUUCUGAGAAGAGGAGCAUCCCUUCAGUGGUCACUGAAGAGCGCAGGAUUAAAGAACAAGAGGACAGAGUGAGACAGCAGGAGAUGAGAGUGAAAGAGGAGGAGAAGACGAGACUAAGAGAACAAGAGAAGCGAAAACUGGAGCUGGAAGUCAGAAGAGCUCAACCAUCUAUUACUCUGGCAACAGAAGUACAGCCUCAGAUUGAAGCAGAAGACGACUGGUACAUUCUUUUUGAUGUUUCACCAAAAGAAACAGUUUUCGCAGAUGUCCUUAAAGUGGACAGGAGGGCUGAGGAAGAGAAGAGGAGAAGGGAAGAAGAGAGGAGGAAACAAAUAAGAGUGGACGAAAGACCAAAAAGGCCAUCUGUACCUGUGGAAAGACCAGUACAGUUGCAGACAGAAGUGGAGGAUGAUUGGUUUACACUUAUGGGCAUUUCCCGUAAAGAUUAUUUUCCCGCUCUUCCACGCACACCUGUUAUUUCCCCAGUGGCUCCGCCAAAACCCCGCCCACAGAUCCCAGCUGACCAACCACUGACAUCCACUCCGACCGCACAACCUGUGUCCAUUACAAAAACCCAUCAGGAGAGGACAAAAGACACCCUGAACAUUACACUGGAGUCUGAGGCUGAGACUGAGUCUGUGCUCAUGAGGAGGUCACAGACAUGGACAAAGAGAAUUGAAGGAGAGAACAUUUAUGUUCGUCACAGCAUUCUGAUGCUGGAGGUUUGUGAAGAUUGUGAUAUAUCCCAAGAGAUGAUAUUGAAGCACAACGCCAGCAUUAAUGUACUUAAACGUGACUUUAUGGAGGUCAAGCAAGAUUUCGGACCCACUGAAUGGGACAGACGUCUCUCGUCAUACUCGCCUACUGGCAAAGCUCAGCUCCCCCAUGCCAACGGCGAGAUACUCGUCAGAAUGGGCUUAAUUGAAGAUGAUGAAAAAACAGUCUUGUUUCGCCAACAAGAAACAAUAUAUCUUUGAAUUCAAACUGCCUGAACAUUUCAUUUCUACGCACUUGCUGAAUCACUUGCUUAAUCAUUGCUGAAACGUUCAAGGAUGUGAAUGUGUGGAAAAAGAAACGCUUCGCAUGUUUUAUAGAAUAUAAUCCUCUUUUGACAUUUUCAUCAAAUUGAUCAGUGUAAUUUAAAAUUGUUGAUAGUCAACUAUGUACUACAUCAAAAGACAGGCCAGUUUUGUAAAGUCUGGACCCCAUAUCUGGACUAUUUGGAACCUGGUCUUCGCCCUAUUAUAUUACAAGGAAUAUUGUAACUCUCUGGACUUUGGACUUUCUUUGUCCUUUUCUUUAUCUUUUUGAAAUAUGUUUUUUUUCUAACCUGUUAUAUUAUGGUGUAGUCCUGUUUUAUAUAUAAAUCUGAGCAAUUUGUUGUUGUUGUUGUUUUUGAGGUGUUGUUGUUUUUCUUUUGGUGAUGUCUUGUUAUAUUUGUAUUAUAAUGAAAACUCAAUAAACAUAAUUAUUAAAAAAAAAAAAAA